CCAGCCCCCUCCCCCGGGGAAGGAGUCGCGGCCGCGGCCGCCGUUCGCGUUUUGAGCCGUCCCUGCCGCCAUAGCUGCCUGUAGCCGCAGUUGCGGCGAAGCUGGAGUUGUGAGCGCGAUGCCGGAGGGACCUACGAACGGGACGGUCUCCGGCUCUUGGGGCUGGUCGGUGCUGGGGCGGAUCGGAAGACCCCACGGAAUGAGGAGCUCGUGCCGAGGCCGGGGAUCCGCCUGAGCCCCUGCGCCUUUUGGGGAUCCCUCACCAUGAUGUCUGUGGAAGGCUCCACCAUAACCAGCCGGAUCAAGAACCUGCUCAGGUCCCCAUCCAUAAAACUGCGCAGGAGCAAGGCUGGUGGCCGGAGGGAGGACAUCAGCACCAAGGUAACCUUGGAGAAGGUGCUGGGAAUAACAGUGUCUGGAGGCAGAGGACUGGCUUGUGACCCCCGCUCAGGUCUGGUUGCAUACCCAGCUGGAUGUGUAGUUGUUUUAUUCAAUCCCCGAAAGCACAAACAGCACCACAUCCUCAACAGUUCCAGGAAAACCAUCACUGCUCUUGCCUUCUCCCCAGAUGGCAAGUACCUGGUCACUGGAGAGAGUGGGCACAUGCCUGCUGUACGUGUGUGGGACGUGGCCGAGCGUAACCAGGUGGCAGAACUACAAGAGCACAAGUAUGGUGUGGCCUGUGUGGCCUUUUCCCCCAGCUCCAAGUACAUCGUCUCUGUGGGCUAUCAACAUGACAUGAUUGUCAAUGUCUGGUCCUGGAAGAAAAACAUUGUGGUAGCUUCCAAUAAGGUUUCAAGUCGAGUGAUGGCUGUGUCCUUUUCUGAGGACUGCAGCUACUUUGUCACUGCUGGCAACCGGCACAUCAAAUUCUGGUACCUGGAUGACAGCAAGACUUCAAAGGUGAAUACCACAGUGCCCUUGCUAGGCCGCUCAGGACUGUUGGGGGAGCUUCGGAACAAUCUUUUUACUGAUGUGGCAUGUGGCCGAGGAAAGAAAGCAGACAGCACUUUCUGUAUCACCUCUUCUGGACUGCUGUGUGAAUUUAGUGAUCGAAGGCUAUUGGACAAAUGGGUGGAACUUCGGAAUACAGACAGCUUCACAACCACAGUGGCCCAUUGCAUCUCAGUGAGCCCAGACUACAUCUUCUGUGGCUGUGCGGACGGGACCGUCCGUCUCUUCAACCCCUCGAAUCUUCACUUCCUCAGUACACUGCCCAGGCCCCAUGCCCUGGGAACUGAUGUUGCCAGCAUCACUGAGGCCAGCCGCCUCUUCUCUGGUACUGCUGAUGCCAAGUAUCCAGACACCAUCGCCCUGACCUUUGAUCCCACUAAUCAGUGGCUGUCCUGCGUUUACAAUGACCAUAGCCUCUAUGUAUGGGAUGUAAGGGACCCCAAGAAAGUGGGCAAAGUGUACUCAGCCCUUUACCAUUCUUCUUGCGUCUGGAGUGUGGAGGUAUACCCUGAGGUAAAGGACAGUAACCAGGCCUGUCUGCCCCCCAGCUCCUUCAUCACCUGCUCCUCAGACAACACAAUCCGCCUAUGGAACACUGAGAGCUCUGGCGUCCACGGCUCUGCACUGCACCGUAACAUCCUUAGCAAUGACCUGAUCAAGAUAAUCUAUGUGGAUGGGAACACCCAGGCCCUGCUGGACAUGGAGCUGCCAGGGGGUGGAGACAAAACCGAUGGGUCAUUGGUAGAUACCCGUGUGGGAAUCCGUUCUGUUUGCAUCAGCCCUAAUGGACAGCACCUGGCAUCAGGGGACCGGGUAGGCACGCUUAGGGUACAUGAGCUGCAGUCCCUGAGUGAGAUGCUGCGGGUUGAGGCCCAUGACUCAGAGAUUCUAUGCCUGGAGUAUUCCAAGCCAGACACAGGCCUAAAACUGCUGGCCUCAGCAAGCAGAGACCGUCUUAUCCACGUGCUGGAUGCUGGACGAGAAUAUAGUUUGCAGCAAACACUGGAUGAACAUUCUUCCUCCAUCACUUCAGUCAAGUUUGCAGCAAGUGAUGGGCAGGUCCGCAUGAUCAGCUGUGGAGCAGACAAGAGCAUCUACUUCCGUACUGCACAGAAGUCUGGAGAUGGGGUGCAAUUUACACGGACGCACCAUGUGGUGCGAAAGACAACCCUGUAUGACAUGGAUGUGGAACCCAGCUGGAAGUACACAGCCAUUGGCUGCCAAGACAGAAAUAUUAGGAUCUUUAAUAUCAGCAGUGGGAAGCAGAAGAAACUCUACAAAGGGUCACAGGGUGAGGAUGGGACCCUCAUCAAGGUUCAGACGGACCCCUCGGGCAUCUACAUUGCUACCAGCUGUUCAGACAAGAACCUCUCCAUUUUUGAUUUCUCCUCAGGAGAGUGUGUAGCUACCAUGUAUGGUCAUUCAGAGAUUGUCACUGGCAUGAAGUUCAGCAAUGACUGCAAACAUCUCAUCUCUGUAUCAGGAGACAGCUGCAUCUUUGUAUGGCGUUUGAGCUCUGAGAUGACCAUCAGCAUGCGGCAACGUUUGGCUGAGCUUCGGCAGCGCCAGCGAGGGGGAAAGCAGCAGGGGCCAUCGCCCCCUCGAAGAGCCUCUGGGCUCAACCGCCGAGAGGCCCCUACAGUGCUUUCUCCAGUACCAGCCCUUUCCUCAGACAGUGACAAAGAGGGGGAAGAUGAAGGCACUGAAGAAGAAGAGCUGCCAGCCCUGCCCAUUCUUGCCAAGGGUACCAAGAAAGAUCCAGCUUCAGCCCGAGGUCCAGCCCUACCCCGAAGCCUGUCCCACUGGGAAAUGAGUCGGGAGGGAGUAGAAUUCCUGGACCCAGCUCCUGCUGCCAGCCAAGGUCCCCGAAGACGAGGACGAUGGGCCCAGCCAGGUGUAGAGCUAAGCGUCCGCUCCAUGUUAGACCUUCGGCAAUUAGAGACACUGUCCUCAGCACCUCGGCCACCCAGCCAGGACUCUCUGGCACAGGAGCUGCCGACUCAGGCCCAGCCUGAGAAACGUGGCCAACAGGCUCCUGUGGAUGCCCAUCCCGGUCAGAGUGGCAGUGUUCCCCAGUCCCUGACUUCCAAGCCUUGUGCCUGUUCUCAAGUUAUCCAAAUGAUUUCUCAGGAAGAGGGGGUCUUUGCCCAAGAGUUGGAGCCAAUGAACAAUGAAGAUGGCAUUGUCUACCCAGAGCCAGACAAUUGCCCUCCCCUCGAUCCCAGUGAGUUCCAGGUGCAGGCCCUUCCCUAUGGUCCACUGGGUAGAGUGUACCCAAGUAACAGAGGCACUGAGAAACACAGUCCUGACAGUGCCUGCUCUGUGGAUUAUAGCAGCAGCCGCCUUUCCAGCCCAGAGCAUCCCAAUGAAGACUCUGAGAGCACAGAGCCCCUAGUGGACGGAAUCUCCUCAGACCUUGAAGAACCAGCUGAGGGUGAAGAGGAAGAGGAGGAAGAAGAGGAGGAAGGAGGAACUGGUUCUGGUGGGCUACCGGGAGGCAGCCCCCGUACUCCUGACCAGGAACGGUUCCUCAGACGGCACUUUGAGACCCUGGCCAAUGGGGCUGCUCCAGGUAGCCCAGGCCGAGCCCAGGAAAGGAUGGAGCCUCUGAGCAUAUCAUCCCGAUUCCUGUCACAGGGGCAGACUCCCACACUCAGGGAUCUGUCUCUCUCUUCCUUGAGACCAGUACUACCACAGAGACCCAUCCGGGUACUUCAGGCCCCCAGUGAGAAGCCUGCCAGCAGAGGCAUCAGCCCCCCAGGAGUCUCACCAGAGGCCGAGCCAAUCCCUGGUGGCUCUGACCCCCAGCCGGUGGCCCCUGUUCUCCGACGGCGCCACCUGAACCUGGCAAGCAGCUGGACACACAAAAAGGCUGCCUUCCCUGGCUCCGGCAGCGGCCUCCAGAAAGCCCAGUCCGUGCAUAACCUGGCGUCACAAGAUGAGCCACCUUUACCUGGUCCAGUACCCCUACAGCAGAGUGACGUCCAAGAAGGACUGGGCUCUCUGACCCAGGCUGAUGGUCGCCCAACUCGGCCCCGUUCUUACCUGAACCCCACCACCAGCUCCAUGGCUAAGAUGUCUCGUAGCACCUCUGUGGGGGAAAACCUAGGCCAGGGGGAAUUGGCUGAAACUCAGGUCCCCAACCCCAUCAGGAUCACAUCCAUCAGCAAGCCAGCCCUGCCAAGCCGGGCUCACCUUGUCCUGGACAUUCCCAAGCCACUGCCAGACAGGCCCAGCCUGGCUGCUUUCUCCCCUGGGGCAAAAGGCCGGGCCCUCUGUGAAGCUCAACCGCUUGGCUCCCCAGGGGGCCUGGGGAAGAAGUCUGCCACACUAGAGGGGCGGGCCUGUCUGGGGGAGGGCACCAUUCUCACACCCAGGACAGAGUUCCGGGCUCAGCCUGGGCCCCAAAGCUCCUGUGCCCAGGAACUACCAGCCACAUGCCUCCCCCGAGGUCCUGAGAACUUGCAGCCCCCAUCCCCAGAGAAGACCCCCAGCCCCAUGGAACCUUCCAGGCCAGGGGCUUCCCUGAGCCAGGACUCAGAGCCGGUGAUGAUGGUGAGCAUGGAACAGUGUGAGCGCCUUGUGGCAGAGCUUCGGAACAGCGUGCACCAAGCCGUUCAACUAUACCGUUUGGUGGCCAGCACGAGGACACCUUCAGCUGAGCAAAGUCAAAUUGCCCAAAUCCUCAGUGACACCUUCUCUUCGGUGCGGCAGGAACUGGAGGCCCUGGUCGGCGUGGUGACAGCCAGCCCGAGUGGGAGCCCAAGUGCUGUGGGAGCUGAGCAGACUCAGGCACUGCUGGAGCAGUACUCAGAGCUGCUGCUUCAGGCUGUGGAACGACGCAUGGAGCGAAGGCACUGAGCCCCAGAGCACCUGUCCAAAGGGGUGUUGUCCCCCCUUCACCUUCUUCCCCAUAGACCUGUGUCAAGACUCUUGAAACCUGAGGGGUCUACCCUCUGGGCAGCCUUCAGAUGGAAAAUGGGGGACCCAGCUUUCCCAUAUUUUCCUUAGUGCUGCCUGGACCUAUUUAUUAAUUUAUUUUCCUGACAUUUGUCCCACUCUUGACUUCUGCCUCCACAGUGCCUCCAGAUGCUUGUUCCUGGAGCAUGUCUGAAGACUGCCCAAAGUUUUCUUGGUGCUGCAUGGAAGCUGUGGGGAGUUGGGAAGCAGUUCAUCCCAUUGGGUUCAGGGGAACUGGGGAGGGGUCCUAGACCCUCCUCUCUUUGAAGCCAUUUGAAACACUGCAGGGAUCAGCUCCCUGGGCUGAAGCAAAUACAGGGUAUUCAGUGGGGUAAAGGCACUUAGUGCCUGCCCCACCUCACCAAUGGCAGGAAGUCCUGCCUCCAUCCCCCGUGCCCUGAAACUUAGCUAGGCUUCUCCAGUGCAUGAGUAGAAGGUCCCAGUGGCUGGCACUGUCACCAUUGUUCCCCUGCAGUUCAGACAUGCAAAAUCCUCUGGACCUAUUAUCUAUGGUACUCAACCAUUAGGGGACAAGAAUGGUCAGGUCAGUGAUACCUCUUCCCCUAUAAUUUGUCCCCUUUCAAAGGGCCCUUCUCCCAACAUUGAUUACAUUCCCCGCCAAGGAAGAAGUGUUCUUCUCCCUAUCUCCCAAAGUAUGUGGGGCCAGUUCUAUGAGGCGUUAUUACUGCAGGUCAGUAAGGUCUUCAGGCUGGGUGUUAUGUACCAUGGAGUUCUGGUCUCCUCCUCCUUCUUCUGUUCCCCCCAUCCCCCAUCCCACUUUUCCUCCUUUAUAUUAUUCCUGAAUUCUAGACUGUAGAAGCCAAGCAUAUCCUCUUUUUCUGAUAACUUCGGUGCUUGGUCAAAGUCUGUGGGGAUGAGGGCUGGAGCUUCCCAUCUGCCUUUGAAGGGCAGUUCUAAGGUGCUAGCCCCAUCAUAACUGUCCAUCUUCCUUCAAGGAUUUCAGAAGCAGGAACCUCAUACUAUGAUCCCCUUUCCUCCCCACUACUCAUUCUUCCAACUGUGGCUACUGCCCUUGCAGUCCUUGGCUUUGCCCCCUGCAUUGACUCUCAACGCAAUCUUCCUCAUUUUGUCUGAUGAAACUUAAAGUGGCACAUGAAAGGGUGUGGGCUCAGAGCUCUGUGUGGUAGAUUUGACAGAAUUGUUGCUCUAGCUACAGGAUGGGCUCCCUGGCUCCCAUAGGACAACAGGAGAUCUCACUUAAAGCCAUAUAGUCUGGAAAGCAGGCCUUCUUCAGAAGUGUUGUGUAGCCAUCACUGGGUCCUUAGUACAUUCUGAUGUUGAGGGGACAGAGGCUUAGGUAGCUAUGAAUCUAAUCAAUGGCUCAGAGACAUUUUGGGAAGAAGGUAAGUGGAACAGGUUUAGGGGAGAGAGGUUAGAAAUAGUAGUGUAGGGUAGGGGGCUGAGUAUUAGAAAGGAAGGUUAUGAGUGGAGGUGAGAGAAGUAGAAGGGCAGGCAUGUAAAAGUAGGACCUAGUAGGUUUCAUAUAAGAACUGAGGGUUAUGAGAGUUUGUCUCUGGGACCUCUGUUGCUGGCUCCUUGUAGAGAAGGAGCUCCGUGUAGAGAGUGCUUCCCCGUGUUAACAAAAAAAAGGCCCUGCAAUCCUGGUCAAUCUAAGCAGAAGACUUGGGGACAAUCUGGGGCUUAGCUGUGCUUGAUUAUUCCUGCAUCUUCUCACUUCCACGUUCCCACAAGCUCAUCUCCCCUCCCCACCAUCCCGAGCACUGACAUCAGCAUGAGCCACCCUUAGGAAAACCUUGUGGCAUGUGUGCCACACAUCAGUGAGACCAGAAACCUGGGAAGGAUUGCCACGCAUGACCGCAGCGGCCCAUUUCCAAAAUUCACUCCAAAGCUGCCCCUGCCCGCCGAAGCCUCACUCCAGCCUCCCAGACCAGGCCAGCCAGGGUCCAAUGCUGCAGUUAAUUCCAGACCGCGAACCUCGAGUUACCUUUGCCCUUCCCUGGGGCCUCCCCGUGGUCAGUGGAGGCCUCCAUUCCCACUUGUGUUUCCCCGCUCCCAGGAGGAGGGACUUAUCACUUUACUAAGUAAAGGCUGUAGUCUUCAGCCUCUACCGCCCUCGGCCCGCGGCCGGAGCUGGGCCGGGCGCCUCUGCAUGCCCGAGGUUUGGCACUGCCCCUUGUCUAUUGACAUUUUGAACACCCCUUAUUUAUAACUUUUAUACUCCGGCCCCAGGCCUCGCUCUCCCCCCCUUUCCCUGUGCUUCCCUGCGGGGCUGGGGUCCUUUUUAACGUCUCCGUUUGUAUCCGUGUCGAAUGAGUCAAUAAAACACGGCUCCUUUGUUACUGA